GUUGCGGACGCGUAUCAGCGCUAACGUUAAAAUGGCCAACAGGUUACUGUUGUGUCUUGUGUUAGUAUGUGUGUUGACGGACUAUUCAAUAUGUGGAAGAUUUUCAUCUAGAGGUCGAAGCAGCGGAGGUUCCCGGUCGAAGUCAAGUUGGAGCUGGGGAGGAAAAUCAAGUUCAGCAAGCAAACCAUCAAGCUCUAGUUCGAAGCAUUCUUAUCCCACAUCUGGCUCAUCUAGUUUAUCGGGUUCUGGAUCCAAUUCACAUAAGUACCCAUAUUCAUCUGGAUCAUCCAGUUUAUCGGGAUCUGGACUUGGUUCGCACAAUUAUCCCUUUUCUUUUUCUGGAUUAUCCGGAUUAUCGGGAUCAUCAUCAGGAGGAAAACCAGCGUUUUCAGGCUCGGGAUCAGCCAAUAGAUAUCCCCCUUCACCGGGUUUAUCAGGUAUUGGAUCAGGGAGUAGCAGAUAUCCACCUUCACCGGGUUUAUCAGGUAUUGGAUCAGGGAGUAGCAGAUAUCCACCUUCACCGGGUUUAUCAGGCUCUGGAACAGGAAGUAACAUAUAUCCACCUUCAUCGGGCUUAUCGGGUUCUGGAUCAGGAAGUAACAUAUAUCCUUCUUCACCGGGUUUAUCAGGUUCUGGAUCAGGACGUAAUAAUUAUCCACCAUCUCAUGGACUUUCCGGUGUUAGAGUAUCAGGAAGCCAAGCUAAUCCAACAAAUGUUGCUACGCAUCAUCGUCCGAUAUCAUCGUCUUCCGACUAUUCAGGAUCGUUUAUCCAAAAGUCGAAACACCGUUACCCAAGUGCAAAUAUGAAUCCACCGCACAGUUCUGUUUAUACAAACACGCAUGGAGGAAUUGGAUCCGGGUAUGGUUAUAAUUCGCAUAAUUACUAUAAUAGCUAUGCUUCUUCACCCCAGCAUAUCUAUAUAACUGAGUAUCGUAAUUCUGGCAGUCGAUAUAGUGAUAUAUUAACUGGAUUGGCUUUGUAUAAUCUGGGCCGUUCUCACAAUCAAUUUAAUCAUCACUACUAUAACGAUGAUUAUUACACACGAAGGUAUUAUUCAACAGGAAGUUCCCAUCCGUCAAAUGAAAGAACAAUAGACGAAGCAUACUGUACAUUAAGAAUUAAAGAAAAUAAUAAACUCGAGGUGCUUAAAAUACCUUGUGAGAUUGUUUCUACAUUUACGGAAGGAAGUAAAAAAUUGUCACCUGGUACAGAAACUAAAACUGUGUGUGUAUCUAAUCAUACCGUAAUAAAUAAUACUCAAUUACCUACUGUCACUACUACUUCAACCACAAAACCAUUGAAUUAUGUAUCGACUACGUUAUUGCCAAAUAAUAUAACCACCAUACCAGCAUUACCUGCAAAUAUAUCAACACACGAAAAAGAUUUGGGUAUCAUACCUCUAAAUGCAACAAAUGUGCCAGUCCAAGUUGAAAUAUCAAAUCCGUCAACGAUUGUCGCUCCCACACCAAUAACAGAAUCUACUCCGGCUUCUAAUAUAUCUACUAUUUCUACUAAUUCAACAACAACUUUAACUAUAUUAAAUGACACAUUAUCAACGACUUCGCCUUCUCCACCAACUAGCCAAAAAGAUAUAAUGUCGUCCUCAACAGUUAAGCCUUUGAAUGCGGUAAAUAAUACGACUUUGCCUAAUCCUGUAACAUCGAAUAUCACUAUGAUAAAUUCGACCAAGUGUAUCACAACAACAGAUCCUUUGACUGUAAAAGGACCUCCUUUGAACCCAACAAAUAUGGAGUGUGAAGUAGAAAUUGUUACUAAAACAAAUCUUCUUAGAACGAAAGUAGAUUGCAAUAUUUUAACACAAUACUCGAAGAUGCCGGAACCGCCUAAGAAGGAGAGCCCUAUUUUGCCUUCGAGAAGUAAAUUAAAGUCAUGGCUUGCCAAUCCUCCGUGGUGGAUGUCAAUAUUCAUAGCGUUAUAAGUUUAAGAUAUACGUUCAAUUUAAAGUUUCUCUUAUUUAUAAUUUAGAAAUUUACCUACUAUUAAUAAUUUAAGACGUUAGAAUUAGUGAGGUUUUUAGUAUGUGUUUUAAUAAAUUACCAAAGUGUAGUGAAAUGUAUUUUGACAUUUGCGUUUAAGAUUAUAAUGUUGAAAAUAGCAGAAUAAGCUAUCGAUGUUAUUGUAUUUUCCUAGAAAUAUUAAUAUCUGGACACAGAUAAUAACUAAGUGUAAUAAAGUUAUGGGCUCUCCUGAUUGUUUUGAGUAUGCUCGAUAGUUAUAAAUUUAGUUUAAAGUCUUCGCAAUAUCAUGUAUUUUAAAUGGCAACAUUUUUACGCUGCAUUAUUAUUAUAUAGAAUUUUGAUAGUAUCCACUAUUUUUAAUCAACUCAAUUAAAAUCACCAUCAAUUUGAUUUAUUUUUUUAUUGAUGGCAGCCCUGACAAAUAGUAAUUAUAACUUAUUUAUACAUUGUUACGUAAUGUGUUUAUGAUAACGAUAAUGUUGUUCUGUUAAAUAAUAAUUAUAUUUAAUGCGUACCAAUUAAAAGACAUUUCAUCUUAUUUAUGAGUAUAUAAGUACAAUAUCUUAGAAGCAAUAAAUUCUAUAUUAUAAAAGUGUAGACUAAAUGUAUUGAAAGGUUAGUACUAUAUGUUGGUGAGAUGUAAAAAAACUAUGAUAAACACAAAAAUAGUAUUACGAUUGACACUCAAAACCAUUCCUUGCCAAUUGUAAUAAAAGUUACAAUAGGAACAGAUACCGUAAUUACUCAUUUGUAUCAAUAAAAUGAUCCAUCGUCCACCAGAAAUUGUUAUAUUAUUAUUAUUUAAUGUUUUUGGGUUAAGAACAAAACCUAUCGAUCAUUGUAUGGAGCAUGUUUGAUAAAGUUUAUUAAAAAACAAAGUAAUUAUUUCAAUACAAUUUA